UUGACAUCGUUGAAAAACAAAUUCAUGUGCCACGAAAAACAAUCAUUCUCUCGCCUUUUCCGAUCUCAUCUGCUCCAAACACAGACUUGCUUGAGCAUGUUCGAAGACCUCAAUCUGAUCAAUCACUGGCGCAUAUCACGCAAAACUCUAUCCCGGUUCAUACUGAUGGUUCGACGCGGUUAUCGAGAUCCGGCCUAUCACAACUGGAUGCACGCGUUCUCCGUCUGCCACUUUAUCUACGUGUGUGGCAUGAAUUUGCCACUGGCCGGAGACUAUUUGACGGAUAUGGAAUUUUUCGCCCUUUUUGUCGCAUCCCUGUGUCAUGAUAUUGACCAUCGGGGUACGAAUAACAGUUUCCAGUUGCAAUCCAAGUCCACACUGGCCGCUUUGUACAGCUCCGAGGGAUCUGUUCUGGAAAGGCAUCACUUCUCUCAAACUAUCUGCAUUCUGAACACUAAGGAUUGUAACGUGUUUGAAUCUUUAACGGAAAAGGUAUUAUUGGAUCGUAUCCGCGACAUCAUUCUUGCCACGGACUUGGCUCACCACCUGAAUAUUCUAUCCAACUUGAGAGAAAUGGCAGACAUUGGCUACAAUCGAGAAAGUCCAAAGCACCACAAUCUGCUUCUCUGUCUCCUCAUGACUGCCGCGGAUCUGAGCGAUCAGACGAAAAAUUGGAGCAACACAGUGCAGGUGGCCAAGCUUAUCUAUGAGGAAUUUUUUCGACAAGGGGAUUUGGAGAAGGCCCUCGGGCACAAUCCGGCGGAUAGUAUGGAUCGUGAACGGGCCUGUGUGCCCAGUUUGCAAAUAUCAUUCCUGGACUACAUCAUUUCCCCUUUCCCAGCACCUCGUCCUUUCAUUUUCUUCCAACGAGGUUCGCGUAAAACAUAA